AUUGCUCUUCAGCACCAGAGUUCUGAACAGCGCCCCAAGCAGGCAGGCAGCUGAUCGCACGCCCCUUCCUCUCAAUCUCCGCCAGAGCUGCUACUGCCCCUCUAGUCCCCCCUGCUGCAGAGAAAGAAUAUUACACCAGGAUCCAUGCAGCCAGCAAUGAUGAUGUUUUCCAGUAAAUACUGGGCACGGAGAGGGUUUUCCCUGGAUUCAGCAGUGCCCGAAGAGCAUCAGCUACUUGGCAGCUCAACACUAAAUAAAGCUAACUCUGGCAAAAAUGAUGACAAAGGCAACGAGGGAAGCAGCAAAAGCGAAACUGCUACCGAAAGUGGCAAGACAGCAGUUGUUUUCUCCUUGAAAAAUGAAGUUGGUGGAUUGGUAAAAGCACUGAGGCUCUUUCAGGAAAAACGUGUCAACAUGGUUCAUAUUGAAUCCAGGAAAUCUCGGCGAAGAAGUUCUGAGGUUGAAAUCUUUGUGGACUGUGAGUGUGGGAAAACAGAAUUCAAUGAGCUCAUUCAGUUGCUGAAAUUUCAAACCACUAUUGUGACGCUGAAUCCUCCAGAGAAUAUUUGGACAGAAGAAGAAGAGCUAGAGGAUGUGCCCUGGUUCCCUCGGAAGAUCUCUGAGUUAGACAAAUGCUCUCACAGAGUUCUCAUGUAUGGUUCUGAGCUUGAUGCCGACCAUCCAGGAUUUAAGGACAAUGUCUAUCGACAGAGAAGAAAGUAUUUCGUGGAUGUGGCCAUGGGUUAUAAAUAUGGUCAGCCCAUUCCCAGGGUGGAGUAUACUGAAGAAGAAACUAAAACUUGGGGUGUUGUAUUCCGAGAGCUCUCCAAACUCUAUCCCACUCAUGCUUGCCGAGAGUAUUUGAAAAACUUCCCUCUGCUGACUAAAUACUGUGGCUACAGAGAGGACAAUGUGCCUCAACUCGAAGAUGUCUCCAUGUUUCUGAAAGAAAGGUCUGGCUUCACGGUGAGGCCAGUGGCUGGAUACCUGAGCCCACGAGACUUUCUGGCAGGACUGGCCUACAGAGUGUUCCACUGUACCCAGUACAUCCGGCAUGGCUCCGAUCCCCUCUACACCCCAGAACCAGACACAUGCCAUGAACUCUUGGGACAUGUUCCACUACUUGCGGAUCCUAAGUUUGCUCAGUUUUCACAAGAAAUAGGUCUGGCGUCUCUGGGAGCAUCAGAUGAAGAUGUUCAGAAACUAGCCACGUGCUAUUUCUUCACAAUUGAGUUCGGCCUUUGCAAGCAAGAAGGGCAACUGCGGGCAUAUGGAGCAGGACUCCUUUCCUCCAUUGGAGAAUUAAAGCAUGCCCUUUCUGACAAGGCAUGUGUGAAAGCCUUUGACCCAAAGACAACUUGCUUACAGGAAUGCCUUAUCACCACCUUCCAGGAAGCCUACUUUGUUUCAGAAAGUUUUGAAGAAGCCAAAGAAAAGAUGAGGGACUUUGCAAAGUCAAUUGCACGUCCCUUCUCAGUAUACUUCAAUCCCUACACACAGAGUAUUGAAAUUCUGAAAGACACCAGAAGUAUUGAAAAUGUGGUGCAGGACCUUCGCAGCGACUUGAACACAGUGUGUGAUGCCUUAAACAAAAUGAACCAAUAUCUGGGGAUUUGAUGCCUGAACUGAUGUUGUUGCCAGCAUGAUCUUUUUGGGGCUUAACAGCAAUUCAGUCAAUGUCAUAUAACACAAAUAACCUUCUGUGUCACGGCUUGGCUAAUAAGCAUGCAAUUCUGUAUAUCUAUACCAUCUUGUAACUCACUGUGUUAAUAUAUAAAGCACCAUAAGAAAUCCAAUGGCAGAUAACCACUCAUUGUAUGAAAUAAUGUAAUAUGUUUAAACAUCUUAAAAAGAUUUGACAUUCCUGCUUAGUGUCCUUAACCAAACUGCAUCUACUUAAAAUUUGUAACAAAUAGGCCUCUUAUGAGUCUAAUUUAUGCCCUUGUCUUUUUCAGAUCCAAGCCUUUCCUCUGUGUUCAUUAGAUAAAAUGAAAAAAAGCAGUGAAGCUGUUUCCAUUUUCAAUACUAUCAGUGUUUUCACGCAUUAUCUGAGAUAAACCCAGAAUUGUAGGAAACUUCCCAUCACAAUAACGAAGGUUCAAUAUUCUGUUUCAAAAAUUGUUGAGGUAGCACAGCAGUUGGAAUGAUUUUUAGGUUGAGUAUUUACACAAUGCAAGAAAGCACCUUUUUACAAAUGGAAUUAUGUAGGUUGCGCUGACCUUGUAGAACCUGAAUUAUGACAAGCUUCUUGAAGUAUUUUGGAAGAUAGUACUUCCGGAAAGGACAUUAGGAAAGACUAAACGGUGGACAAUCAAUCUUGGGACUAUGAAUUUUAUGCUGGAAUAAAGUAAAUUAUCAUGUUCAGGUGUUUAAACAAUUUUUUUCUGGUC